GAUUCUUCCAUUUCGCAUCUGAAAAAAAUCUGAUAGUUGGAGAGGAGUUCUUCAUGUCAAGGACUACUGUAGGCACAGGGCAUACAAAACUAGCUUCUGGAUUAACGGAGAUACGACAAUGGAAGAGAAGAGUGAUCCUCUCAAUAACAUAUCACUGAUUAAAGAUGAUAUAACUAGGUCAAAUAUGGGGUCUUCGAGUGACUAUGAAAAAACUAUCCAGCGUUUGAAUGAUGAACUUAGGGAGGCACAGGAGCGGGCCAAUACGGAGAGGCACAAAUGCAUGGAGCUCGAAGGUAUCCUGAAUAAAGAGAGAAAAGAUAAUAAACAACAAGCUGAUGAAUCUGCAAAACAGAUCAAACUUCUUCAAGGCCAGCUGCGGAAGCUCCAAGAUGAAAUGGAUGUCUCUUCUAGUUUAUGUGGCGAGCUACAAAGUGCACAAGAUGAGGUGAAGUCACUGAAACGCAACCUGGAGUCAGCCACCGCUGAGCGAGACCGUGACGUUGGCGCAAUCGAAUUCAACCUGGCAACCGUCUCAAAGGAUCUGGACAAAUGGCGUCAGACUGCCAGCAAAUACGAACGCAAGAUUGAGGACUUACAACAGGAUCUCCAGCAGCAAGGCAAGCAGUGGCAGAAAACUGCAGAAAUACAAGCCAGCGAGCUACAGUCCAUGCAGGUGGAAUGUAAUGGCCUUCAGAAGGAGUGUUCUAGUCUGCGAUCUGAAAAACAGGAAAUAGCGAACAAGCACCAGAAAGAAAAGGGCAGUCUGCAAAGUGAAUGCAUCUCCCUCAGGGCAGAGAAAGAGGAACUCCUUAAGACUCAUCAGAAAGAGAAGGGCCACUUGCAACAAGAAAGUGCAGUACUGUGUGCCAAAAAUGAGGCAAUGCAGCAGAAACAGCAACAGUUGGAGAAAGACCUUGUCAGUGAGCUUGGCCUUUGUGUAAAGGUUGAAAUGUUCCAACAUUCUCAGACCUUAUCUUUUUCACGAGCCCAAAAUGCAGAGCUGAGCAACAGUCUUAAAGUUCUUGAGAAAUCUCAGCAGGAGCUGGAAAAGAAGUUAGUAGCGUUGGAGCGCCAGUACCAGCAGGAUAGUAGCAAGCUGCAAACUCAACUGGGUGAGGCCAAUAGCUGCAGGGAGAUACUGCAGAGAGAGUAUGAAGAGACCAAGGCUGAGCUCUCAGACCUAAAGGAAGAAUAUGAGAAGGCUGAGCAGGAGAAACAGUUACUUGCCAAUGAACUGGAGGAGUGCAAAGCCAACAUGAGGGAACUACAGGAGAGAGGAACAAUGACGUCCCUAAAGCUGCCUGUUCAAGCCAUAGUCAUCUGCCUUGUCCUGGCUUUGCUGUUAUGGUGCUUCGGCGCAUUGUGGCAGUAAGAAGCCGUGGAUGAUCUGGGGGCCUGUGGUGGCUGUGGCUCUAACAGCUGUGACUGCUGCUGUACUCUUUAAGACCUAAGGGUCGCACAUGGCUCACACUUACAUACUGACACAUGCACACACAGUGAAUCCUUAAUUGUCAUAAGAUUUCUCCACACGGAAACUGACAAGCGUGACACAUGCUAUUAUCUGCACUGUUAAUUAGGAGAAGUCAUACUUAACACUGUUUUAAAUGUCUUGGAACUUUCAUUUCAGAUGACAGUUUUUAAGAAGUUAAAGAAUGUUUUCUGUUUUUACUUGAGGGAAAUCUUUUUGGGCCCUUUUUUGACUGACAAGCUGUAGAGUGUCAAUUAAUGAAUGUAAGCGCUGUCUACACACUAAUUGUAUUUAUAUACAGGUCUAAUAAUAGUUUGGAUGGCUUGGUUUCCCCAUUAUAUCAUGUGUAGUUGGAGUUGUCAGCAUUAUAAAUGCAAUAUUGCCAAUAAAGUGAUCUAAUUGAGUGCUUGUUGAGUGUCUUAAAUAACUUUGCACUGCACUUAUCUGCCACAAUAUUAGGCACAUCUACACAAUCUAAUCAGACUGAAGUAUUAUAUAAAAACUACAUGAGCAAAUUCCACAAAGCUUUGUAAACUAGUAGGGCCUGGACAGAGGAAGGACCCUUUAAAUUCUAGUAAGUCCUGGAAACCACUAAUAGGGAUGAGCCGAAUACUUGUUUUAGAUGAGUAUCUGUUACGUAUAAUGCAUUUUUGCCAAGUGCGAGCAUGAAAUGAAUACAGCUCGUCAUUAUCCGUAAUCGUGAUAAAGUAAAAUCCUCAUUUGAUAACAACUUAUGUAUCCAUUCUUCACACUCUGUGAUUGGCCAGUCACACUCAGCGACAAACUCCGUGCAGCCAGAGAGGGGAGUACACAGUGCAUUUGACAAGACAGAAUUGAAAAUGCCUCGUGUCGCAUUGGUCACUGCCUCCACUCCGGACGGGGGUUUUUUAGGUUUUCUUCAGCUCAGCUCGUAUCUAAAGUUACUUGGUAAAGUUGUUUCGUUACGUACGCGUUGCAUUAGACAAGACAGAGCUGUACCAAUUUAAGACCCACCCAUUUCCGGCUAGAUUACGCCUACUUCCGGUUUAUGCCCAACCCAGUCCGAGUACAGAAUCCGUUUACUAUGCCACUUAUCCUCACUAGGGUCGCGGGUAUGCUGGAGCCUAUCCCAGCUGACUUCGGGCGAGAGGCGGGGUACACCCUGGACUGGUCGCCAGUCAAUAUCAAGGCACAUAUAGACAACCGUCUUGGAAAAUUGAAGUAGAAAAUUGAUUUGGCAAGUCUAUUAUGACAAGAUCCCAAAAGCGAACUGAAAAUGUUCUUUUGAAAAAUAGAGAUUUGGGCAAUUUCCCCCCAUAAACGUCCUACAGUGGUCUUCUUUAAAUUGCUCCCAUGUUCAAACCAGGUGGCUACUUAUUUCCACUAAACUGAUUUUUUAAAGUUGAUAAAGGAGCUUUACAUGCCCCCUACUGGCAGGGAUAUCUAACCAUGUAUUUGCCUCAAUCCAGGAGUAUGGUAUGGAGACAUACUGUAGUCUCUAGGAGGGUCCUCAAAUUAAUCUGAGCAUCUCAAUUCCACCCAUAGACCAGCUUUUCAUCAUAAUGCUGACGGUUGUGUCUGUCUUAUUACGCUCAACAGAAAUAUAAGUGCAGCACUUUUGUUUUUGCUCCAGUCUUUCAUGAGCUGAACUAAAAAAAAUCUAAAACUUUUUCUAUGUACACAAAAGGCACAUUUCUCUCAAAUAUUGUUCACAAGCCUGUCUAAAGAUGUAUUACUGAGCACUAAUCCUUUGCCGAGAUAAUCUAUCCACCUCAUUGGUGUGGCAUAUCACGUAGUAUGAUUGCACAGGUGUGCCUUGGGCUGACCACAAUAAAAGGCCACUCUAAAAUGUGCAAUGUUUUUGAUGG